AUGCCAAUGCGUUCUGUUUCCAUCUAUGCCAUCCUUUUGUUUCUUUCAUGUUCAUUCAGCUCGAUGCAUCUAUGUGCAUCCCGCAACAGCCUUGUCCCCGGCAAGCCGCUCUCCCCAGGUAACACUCUUGUGUCCGAUGAUGGCACCUUUGCCCUGGGCUUCUUCUCCCCAUCCAAAUCCACCAAAAAACACUAUUACCUUGGUAUAUGGUACAACAACAUCCCGCAGCACACCGUUGUGUGGGUUGCCAACCGUGCUGCACCAAUCAGUGAUCUUUCGUCUGCAAUGCUCGCCUUGCACAGUAGCACAAACCUUGUCCUGUCUGAUGCCAAUGGCCGUGUCCUUUGGAAUUCAAACAACAGCAUUGCCAUCAGUCUUUCACCUGCCACCACCGUUUCUGCAGAAGCCACACUAGAAAACACCAGAAACUUCAUCCUCUUGGGCAACGUUAACCACACCACACUAUGGCAGAGCUUCGACCAUCCCUCUGAUACUCUUCUGCCUGGGAUGAAACUCAGGAUCAGCCACAAGAUGCAUCCAAUACAACACCUCAUUUCUUGGAAUGGCCUGCAGGACCCAUCCCCUGGGGUCUUCUCCUAUGGUGCAGACCCCAACAGCAUUCUGCAGCAGUUCAUCUGGAAUGGCACAAGACCGCACUGUCGAAGCCCAGUGUGGACUAGCUAUGUCCUUCUUGGGGGCUACAUGGACAACCAUCAUUCUACCAUUUACAUGGCGGUACAUCGUGGCGCCGAUGAUGAAGUAUACAUGUCCAUCGGCAUGCCGAUUGACAGCUUGUCUUUGCUGAUUAGAAUGGAGAUAAAUUACUCAGGCAAUGUAAAUAUUCUAAGCUGGGACAGUAACAUGUCAGUAUGGACAAGCUUGUACACACAGCCUGCACAUAAGUGCAAUGAGUAUGAUUACUGUGGUCCUUAUGGUUACUGUGACAACAAUGGAACUGCCCCAACAUGCAAGUGCCUUGAUGGUUUUGAGCCAAAUGAUGAUGAAGGAUGGGUCAGUGGCAGAUUUUCACAGGGAUGUCGCCAGAAGAUGGCACUAAGAUGUGGUGGACAUGGUUUCUUGACCUUGCCACACAUGAAGGUCCCUGAUCAUUUCAUCCUCCUCCGGAACAGAAGCUUUGAUUAG